AGUAUCCCUUUUCCCCGCGGAAGCGCAGCAGCAGCAGCAUCUCUCCCCCGCUCCCCGCCGGCAUAUCCCCCUCCUCCGGCCUCAUGUCCUCGCCGCCGGGAGAGCAGCCGCGGGCCGCGGCCACCAAGUACGUGCUGAUCACGGGCGGCGUCGUCAGCGGGCUCGGCAAGGGCGUCACCGCCAGCAGCGUCGGCGUCGUUCUCAAGGCCUGCGGCCUCCGCGUCACCUGCAUCAAGAUCGAUCCAUACUUGAACACAGAUGCUGGUACUAUGUCCCCCUUCGAGCAUGGUGAGGUGUUUGUUCUUGAUGAUGGUGGAGAGGUUGAUUUGGAUUUAGGAAAUUAUGAGCGUUUCUUAGAUGUUACUCUGACUAGGGACAACAAUAUUACCACUGGAAAGAUAUAUCAGUCUGUCAUUGAGAAGGAGAGAAAGGGUGAUUAUCUUGGAAAGACAGUCCAGGUUGUCCCUCAUGUAACUGAUGAAAUAAAACAGUGGAUACAGUCAGUGUCCUCCGUCUCUGUGGAUGGGCAGACUCGUCCAGCUGAUGUUUGUGUUAUUGAGUUGGGAGGCACUGUAGGUGAUAUUGAGUCAAUGCCAUUCAUUGAAGCUUUGCGCCAAUUGUCCUUCUCUCUUGGCAAGGAGAAUUUCUGCCUCAUACAUGUUAGCCUUGUUCUGGUAUUGGGUGUAGUUGGUGAGCAGAAAACUAAGCCAACACAACACAGUGUACGGGAAUUGAGGGCCUUGGGUCUGACUCCUGAUCUUCUAGCAUGCCGGUCAGCACAGCCACUAAUAGGAUCUGUUAAAGAGAAGCUUUCACAAUUCUGCCAUGUCCCAGUUGAGAACAUACUUAACAUCCAUGAUGUUCCAAAUUUAUGGCAUGUCCCGCUUAUUCUUAGAAAUCAAAAGGCUCAUGAAGCUAUAAUCAAACAGCUAAACCUUGCAGGGUCUGCUGGACCACCUGAGUUACGAGAUUGGACAGAGAUGGCUGAGUCAUAUGACAACCUUAAGAACUCUGUUAAAAUUGCUUUGGUUGGGAAGUAUACUAACUUGACAGAUUCUUAUCUAUCAGUGGUGAAGGCUCUCCUACAUGCUAGUGUUGCCUGUUCAUUGAAGCCAUCUAUCCAGUGGAUUGCAGCUUCAGAUCUUGAAGAUGAGACUGCAAUAAAUGCACCAGAUGCGCAUGCAAAAGCCUGGGAAACUCUUAAAGGUUCAGCAUGUGUUUUGAUACCUGGAGGAUUUGGAGAUCGUGGAAUCUCAGGGAUGAUAUUGGCUGCCAAAUAUGCCCGUGAGAAUAAAGUUCCAUAUCUUGGUAUUUGCUUGGGCAUGCAGAUAUCAGUUAUUGAGAUGUCCAGACAUGUCUUGGGCCUGGGAGAUGCAGACAGUGAAGAGUUCAACAAGGAUGCACCAGACCAUGUUGUUAUGUACAUGCCUGAGGUUUCAAAAACGCAUAUGGGAAACACGAUGAGGUUGGGCUGCAGGAGAACAUUCUUUCGCAAACCUGAUUGUCUUACAUCAAAACUGUAUGGAUGUCCUCCACAUGUAGAUGAGCGUCAUCGUCAUAGAUACGAGGUCAAUCCUUCUUUUGUUCCCAUGCUUGAAAAUGCUGGUCUUCAUUUUGUUGGCUGUGAUGAAAGUGGAAAGAGGAUGGAGAUUGUGGAGCUACAGGGUCACCCUUUCUACGUAGGUGUUCAGUUCCAUCCAGAGUUCAAAUCAAGGCCUCGAAGACCUUCACCUCCUUUUACAGGGCUAAUAAUGGCGGCCACUAAACAACUGGGAACAAAUUCAAAUAACUCGAAUGGUUACAUUGGAGCUUCUGAGUAAUGUCAUUCUAUUGAUGUCAGAUAGGGAUCUCCCUUUGGGUGGAGUUGAAGCAUUUUGCUCAUUGCUGCUGAGGUUCAAGCUGUUUCUGUACACAUUAUAUGUACCGGAAAUGGAACUGCACUAGAAGAGACUUUGUGCCCUUAGAGACCACUUAACUUGAGUGGCGUAGCUGAUGAUCUGUAUACGGGGUUGAACCUCAUGAUUUUGUUGACAGCUAUGAGCAUAUCAUGUCACCCUGUGAAAUAAUCUGAUUGCGAAUGAAGCUGCCAUUUUAAUUGCC